UCUGUAAAUCAUUAAGUGUAUAAUCUAUGCUGUAAAUCAAGGCACGUUGAGGAUAAUUGUUCAUAAAUUAUCAGUAAAUUAAAAAAAUAUUUUUUUUUAAAUAAUAAUUACAUAUUAUUGUUCAUUCAUGUAUUAUGCUCACAAUGGAGGCUACAUUGUGACGCGGCCGGUUAAUGUAUACGGAAUUUGCUUACACAUCAAAGAAGCCAAAUAACCGUAAAAUGAGGAGAUGUGACACGUGCAGUGCCCAAACUGAACGAAGGGCCACAGCGGGCCGCGGUGAAGAGUCAGGCGACCGCGACCCACUGUUACGCUCCCCAACAAUAUCUCAAGAGGAGCCCUACGAUAACAGACCUUUCUCGUGCGGUAUUUGCGCCAUGUUCCCGUCUUGCAUGUCGCUGCUAUCGCGCCGUUCAGACUCCCAGCACCCUCGGCCCGGACAGGCGACCGUGGUCCUCAACGUUUACGAUAUGUAUUGGACGAAUUGGUACACUGCGGGCGCGGGUCUGGGUGUGUUCCACAGCGGUGUUCAAGUUCACGGAUCGGAAUGGGCGUACGGGGGUCAUCCGUACGCGUUCACCGGGGUCUUCGAGAUAUCGCCGCGAGACGAACGGGAACUAGGGGAGCAGUUUCGAUUCAGGCAGAGUGUACAUAUAGGAUAUACAGAUUUCAGCGAGGAGGAAGUAAGAAGAUUAGUCGCAGAACUAGGGAAGCAAUUCAGAGGUGACAGAUACCAUUUAAUGAACAAUAACUGCAAUCAUUUCACUUCAGCCUUUUGCAUGGCGUUGUGCUCACGCGACAUUCCGCCGUGGGUGAAUCGGCUAGCGUACGUGAGCUCGUGCGUUCCAUUCCUGCAGAGGUGUCUACCGAAGGAGUGGCUGACGCCGGCGGCCCUGCAGCAGUCGUUGGCAGCGCACUCGCCAUCCUCCUCUUCGCAGCACUCUCCCUAACAACGGGAUCUUCUGCUCCAGUGCAGAUGACCGUAUUGUGUUGUGCGAACUUAUUAAUAGAUCUAAAUAAAUAAUAGUAAAUCGGUUUGGCGCAUUGUCGAAUAAAAUUGACUUAUAUAUAAGAUACGAUUUCGAAAUCGUAUCCGAUAAAUCGUGUAGUGUAAAUUGACCCGUGAUUUCGGCCUAAUACAAAAAAAAACAUGUUGUUGAUUAGAUAAUGUUAUCUCGUUCUCGUAUACUAAGUGUGAGCAGGUGGGAGUGUUAUGAUGUUGCGAUUACUUACGCGUGUUCGCCAAAGAAUAUUAAGAGUAUCUGAUUCACGAAUGUAUGUAUGUAUGUAAUUUGCUCAUAUUUGGAUUUAAUAAAUAAGUAAAAUAAAAGUAAUGUUUAAAAUAUUUACGUCAUCAAAAUGUAUCGUACAGUAUCGUUGGCUGAAUUUAAUGAUGUCGUUAAAAGAAAUUUACAACGCACGAUUUUAUAUACUAUAAACAUACAGUAUACGUUGGGAUUUAUGUGUUUAUAAUUUAUUUUCAUAAGAAAACUUAUUGUACAGUUUUUUCUACGGUUUUCAUGAAUCGCAGGCAUAAUAAUAAUAAUUAAAUCUCUCUUUUUUUCUUCCUACCUAAACUGAUAGCCUUGAGAGGCUAUUUCAGCGUAACCUUAACUAGUAGGUGAGCUCACGGGGCUCAAACCGAAGUGAUGCUAACACUGACCCUAGCAAGAGCAGUGCUUCGCAGAAUCUACCACCGAAUCGGAAACGCGGCCCUCUGAGAAGAUCCGGCGAGAAACUCAGUGGGCUGUGUCGUUGUGUGUUGUGUUGUGUUGUGUUGUGUGAUGUGUUACGAAAUGUCGACCGAAGCGUAUCCAGACAUUAGUGUGCCUAGUGCGACAUUUUUAACUUCUCGAUCGCGUUAAAAGUAACUCAAAUUUGUAUGGAGUUGGAACAGCGCCCCUAGCGGCCAAACGAAGAAAAGCUGUUCUUUUUACGCAAUCCAGAAAUUAAAAAAGCUCUUACUAAGCUUAGUAAGCACACAGGGAAACAAAAUGAGCGCGUAAAACACAAAUACCCACAAAUAAAUCUUAUAAUAAAAUCGGCUAGUGUAAAUAGCUUUUUAUUAAAGUUUAAAGAUGUCGUAUUUCUGAGUUUUUUUUCUCGUGUCACCAUUAAAUUGAACCAGCGUUAUACAGUAUGUUACUUUUUCUAAAGUAGUUAACAAAAAUAGACAGGACUAAACAUUCGUCUAUUAUUAUAUACUAUUAUAACAACUAUAUAUAUAAUGUUAAAGUUUUAUCUAUAAUAAAGUUGGAAUGUUCAUUGAUACGUAUAAUAAUAAUAUGUAGUUUUUAGUCCGUCCGUUUGUCACUUAUAUGAUCGUUACGAUAUUUGUCUGUGUUUUUGUACAGAAAAUAUUUAAAGAGAAAACAAAAUUAAAACUUUAUAUCUGUUAUUGAUGGACGAUAGAUAUAAGGGGGGUGAAAAAAAAUCAAACUACCCGCGAAUUAUUUUUAUUUUUAUUAUUCCCAAAAAAAAUGUAUUUUAAAUUGACGUUUCGCUUUUUACGUCUCUGACGGUAAGGCCACGCACGCACCGCUAUUGAUGGGAGGGCGGGUGGUCCAAACGGGUAGGUACAACCUCCCUGCCUAUCUCAAACCAAAACCAAUUGACCCGCAAGAUUGUGUUUCCAUUACCAGCAAUAAAAAUGUGCCUAAUAUAUCGAGAAGUGAAAAGGUAUUUGGUUGAAGCGACAUUUUUGCAACUUUCCAAGAGAGAGCCAUUUAAAGUUUAAAAUUUUAGAAAAAAUAUCGUAACAAAAAAAAGCUUCGUCAGCUAUUUCAAUGGGGUAAAUUUAAUUGAAGUUCAAUUAAAAACAUCGAACUGUUGAUGCUAAUACCAAAUAAAACGCACCUUUAAUUACAAUGAAAAAUAUGGCGUGUUAAGCGAAAUGUCGCUUGACCCAAUUCCGUUUUUAAUAAAAAAAAAAUAUAUCGGAAAUUGUAAUUCUUAUUAUUUAUCAUAGUACAUCUUGACAAUGCGCCAACAAUAAUUAUACCAGACAUAUUUCAAUUAGGAAAAUAUAAUAAUGAAGAUUCAGUAGCAAGUUUUUAAAAAAUUUUUAAAUUAUUAUUGCGCAAAAGACAUGAGUCUGAUCAACUAUUUUCUCUAUCGAGUACUGUAAAUAAAUAUAUUAAAAUUAUAGUUUUUUUGUUUUUGUAAUUUGAAUAUACAUAUAUGCAUAUAUUGAAAACAGAUUUGAAGAUUGAAUCACGCCAUAUGAACUUAAAAACGGGACCAAUCCCGAAGUACGACAUUUUAAACAAAAAAUAUAUAUAAAAAUUUGUCUACAAAUGACUUAGAAAUCUGGAGAUCUUGUAUCUUAUUAAAAAUACCCUUUUUUUUAAAGUUCCAGAGCCAAUUUCGGUAAUGAAAGCUUCGGUAAUGUUGAUUGAUGCUUGAUUUGAAAUAUUAGGUCUUGGACUUUUCAUCUUGUUUUUAUUCUUUCAAUGUAGUUACACUAUAAGGGAUAGUGACGCUAGGAUCAUAGAAAAAUAAUAAUAAAAACAAUUAUUUGUAUUUUUUUUUUUUUUUUUAUACCUUAAUUUAAAAAAAAUAUAACUGGAUAUAAAAUAAAGUUGUUGUUUAAAAUAGUUUUUUUUUUUAAAUAUAAUUCACCGUUCACUAGUACGCAAUGUAAAGCAUGCGAAACUGGGGAUUGGAGCAUCAAUGUACUCGUUAUUUUAACCUACCGAACCUUAACUUAACGCAUGUAAAUAUUCUAGUCGUAAAAUUAAAAUGACAUGUCUCAAAUGAAAUUUAGAGUUAAACAAAGAAAUCUAUUUAAUUGCAAACUGAAUUAUUGACAUUGUUGAAUAACACUGGCAAUAGUUGGUAAGAAGAUACCAAAAAAAAAAAACAACAGUUUUAACUAAAACAGUGCCUUUGAAAUAACAUCGAUAUAAAUUAAAUCUAAUUGAAAUAUGUCGAUAACGUUAAUCGAUAAGUACAGUUUAUUGACAAGAAUGUGCCACUCUAUGCUACGGUAUUAUUUUAAUUACGAUAAUUUUUUUUACAGAUUAUAUUUUAAUUUUACUGUAAUUAAUGUUGGCAUAUUAAAUAUGUCUUUGGGUAGAAAUGACAAAAAAAUGUCAGAAGUUUAUAAUUGUUUGAAUUUAUAUAGGAUUUUUGGCACAAAAGGCUCCCAAAGGUUUCUUUUUUAAUAUUGCAACAUAUUAUCUUAAACCACACUCGCACAUAUUAUUUUUUGUAUAAAAUAUUAUAUUCAGUGUGUUUAUUUUAAUCUAGAUUCUGUUAUAUUUAAAUAUAAGUAUAUAUAAAAAAUAAAGUCCCAAUUUGCAUUUAAAA